AUGUCUGUGGAACAUGGCAAUUAUCACAGCAUUUUGUUUCAAGAAGCUGAAUAUGGUGGACAUGAUCAGAUUGAUUUAUAUGAUGAUGUAAUUUCUCCAUCUGCAAAUAAUGGAGAUGCCCCAGAAGAUCGUGAUUACAUGGAUUCUCUUCCACCAUCUGUUGGGGAUGAUGUAGGUAAAGGAGCUGCACCAAAUGUUGUCUAUACAUAUACUGGAAAGAGAAUUGCCUUGUACAUUGGAAAUCUUACUUGGUGGACAACAGAUGAAGACUUAACUGAAGCAGUUCAUUCACUGGGGGUAAAUGAUAUUUUGGAGAUAAAAUUUUUUGAAAAUCGUGCUAAUGGCCAGUCUAAAGGGUUUGCCCUUGUGGGUGUGGGAUCAGAAGCAUCCUCCAAAAAGUUGAUGGAUUUGUUGCCUAAAAGAGAAUUGCACGGGCAGAAUCCUGUUGUAACUCCGUGUAACAAACAGUUCCUGAGUCAGUUUGAAAUGCAGUCAAGGAAAACCACACAGUCUGGCCAGAUGUCUGGGGAAGGUAAAGCUGGUCCCCCAGGAGGAAGCUCCCGAGCAGCAUUUCCACCUAGUAAUAGAGGGCGAGGCCGUUUUCCAGGUGCCAUUCCAGGUGGAGACAGAUUCCCUGGACCGGCAGGGCCAGGAGGGCCACCACCACCUUUCCCAGCUGGACAAACUCCCCCACGUCCACCUUUAGGUCCUCCUGGCCCACCAGGCCCACCAGGCCCUCCACCUCCUGGUCAGGUCCUCCCACCUCCAUUAGCUGGACCUCCUAAUCGUGGUGACCGUCCACCACCACCAGUUCUGUUUCCAGGACAGCCUUUUGGUCAGCCUCCACUUGGGCCACUUCCUCCAGGCCCUCCACCACCAGUUCCAGGCUAUGGGCCACCACCAGGUCCGCCACCACCUCAGCAGGGUCCACCUCCACCUCCGGGUCCAUUUCCCCCUCGUCCGCCUGGCCCUCUUGGGCCACCCCUGACUCUUGCUCCUCCUCCACAUCUCCCUGGGCCACCUCCAGGUGCUCCACCACCUGCACCACAUGUGAAUCCAGCUUUCUUCCCCCCACCUGCCAAUAGUGGCAUACCUACUUCAGACAGCCGUGGCCCACCUCCGACAGAUCCAUAUGGCCGACCUCCACCAUAUGACAGAGGUGACUAUGGGCCGCCUGGAAGGCGUUUCACUGGAAAUAACAUGUCCAUAAGAGAAAAAUUACAUAUUCCAUUCUAUGGGAGGCACACGAAAAAUAAUACUCAAAACUCAGGGAGAGAAAUGGACGCUGCAAGGACACCUCUAAGUGAAGCAGAAUUUGAAGAAAUCAUGAAUAGAAAUAGGGCGAUUUCAAGCAGUGCCAUUUCGAGAGCUGUAUCAGAUGCCAGUGCUGGGGACUAUGGAAGUGCUAUAGAGACCUUGGUAACUGCAAUUUCCUUAAUUAAACAGUCCAAAGUAUCUGCGGAUGAUCGCUGUAAAGUACUUAUUAGCUCUCUUCAGGACUGCCUUCAUGGAAUUGAGUCCAAGUCUUAUGGUUCUGGAUCCAGAAGACGUGAGCGAUCCAGAGAGAGGGACCACAGUAGGUCACGAGAAAAAAGUAGGCGCCACAAAUCACGUAGUAGAGAUCGUCAUGAUGACUAUUAUCGGGAAAGAAGCCGUGAAAGAGAGAGGCAUCGUGAUCGUGACAGAGAUCGUGACAGAGAACGAGACAGAGAGAGAGAAUAUCGUCAUCGUUAAAGAAGGUGAGCAUUUGUUUUGUGUUCUUGAACUUUACUGUUACUGACUUACUAAAAGUAACUACUGUAGGUUUGGGAUUAUUUACACCAUUAAUAUCUGCAUUUAAAUGGUCCUGCAGUAUGUACUGAAUCACUUUCUUCUUGCAGCAUCUGAUGUGGACAUAGGUAAGUAACAAACAGGUAACUGGUCUUGGGAGGGAGGGAGUACUUCUGUGAUUAUCUUCAGCAGUUUGCGUGCUGCCUUUUUAACUUUAGGUGGUAUUAAUGUUUGCGGUUUUUAUGAAAUGCAAUUAAACCAGUUCUUAAAAGCAGCAAGCCAGACUGAUAGGUCUGAUGUCUUUGUAAUCUUAGAAUAUUAUAUUAAAUUUAUAGUUGUAUUUAUUUUUUUAUUUGUACUUUAAAAUACUAAUUUUGUAUUGUAAAAUCUACUUGUGUAAGGACUGCAGCAUUGAGCCCUUCAUAUGUCAUGUGUGGAUUAUUUCAGUUUGGGGAACGCAUGUGCAUACAGUUGCUGUCCUUGCACAAGUACAGCAUUGUUUUGUUUUGGUAUUUUUCCAGUGAGUUUUACUCAAAUUCAGGAAAUAUAGCCAGACUUUGUUCUUUGUUUUAUGAAACGUGACCUGUCAGCAUCUUCUGCCUUCUAGCUAAAUUCAACUGUUAUCUUCAAUAAGAUUUAUGAUCAGUUGUUCUCCACCACCCUGACUUUUUUCGUUCCCUCCCUCCUCUGAUAGUGAAGUAAUUUUCUAAAGACUAGUAGGAAAUGUAUGGCACAAGAGUUGUUUCUUUUCUGGUUGUUUAUAAACUAAUGUGUUCUUUUAUUUCAUAUAUCUGCAGUCUUGCAUGCAUCAAAUGUCCAGAUAGCUAGAGUAGCAUGCUAAAUAAUACUUUUUUCAGUGUACUGCUGAGAGCCUUAAAAAUACUUAGAAAUGUUCAUCACAUUAUAUAUACACCAUUUUGAGGAUUGGGAAUUCAAGCUACCCAUGAUUCCUUAUAUCUGACAGUUGGGAAAACCCCUACCUAUUAGUUGCUCUGCAGUAGUCUUUUCCCUUUUUAGAAGAAUUUCCCAUUACAUCUACAUUAAAAUUGAAGCUUGCAGACUUGCCUGUCUGCCCAGCUUCCAUUUCUUAACGUUUAACCUCAGAUUUAGUUCCCAGACUUGUAUGUGGUAUUUAUUCAUGGAAGUUCAUUUACAGAAGUUAAAUAUAGCAAAACUUUUUAGAAAUCAUAUAAAAUGUAGUAUACUCCUAAUAUAAUUUUGUAUUGCUUAAAUGUCAGUUUUUCAGUCAGGCUUUUGUGUCACCAACUCUUUUGGGAGAGAACAAAUUCUGAUACUAAAUGCUCUAGUCUAUUGAGUAUUAAGUGGGUGUUGUCUUGGGUUCACAUACCCACAGGGACACACAAAGCAGUAAUCGACCUAGAGAAGGGGAGUGAAAGGCUUAAGUAGGAUGGUGAAAUGUGGCAGCUGAAAUCAAGUUGGCAGUAUAUCUCUGUAUGUGCCACUUUUUGUCAUAAAAAAUGGAUUGGUAGAAAUAUUUCUGGAAUUGCAUAAAGAUAGCAACUGUGGUUCUUAAUUGUAAAUAUCAGAACAUAAAAAUACAGAUUUAACAAAGGUGUUUCUUUUGUUGAACUGGAUUUUUACCUUUUAUGAUAAAUAAAUAUUUGUGAUAUUUGCGAAUAGUUGUUAUUAAUAGGAGGUAACCAUUGAGCUGAGUGGUGGAUGCAUUUCCAGAGUGCUUUCCUUCUGGUGGAGAUGAGCAAGCUGUACUAAAAAUUGUUAAUAACCUGGAAUUUAAGAUAAUUAUUUUAGUCUUGGCAUAUUUUAUUAACCUAGCUUUAAUUUUUGUGUAUUUAGUGUUGUGAAUGUAGAUACAGAGUUUCUGUAUGAAGUGCAGAUUCCCUACGGUGUCACCCCAAGAAAACGUAUCGAGUAGCAUUAGGUUGCAUUUUGUAAUUUCCAAAGCACAAUUUUAAAACGAGACUGUGGUUUCAGUUCAGGUGGGAUUUAUAUAUGCAACUUCCUUCAACUUUGACUUCUCUUUUCUUUCAGAGGGGUUACAUAGGUAAGAUUCCCUUGUGCAAGGAAGAAAAUAGGUCCUAAAUACUUGAUUUAAAGGGCAAAUUUAGUAUUAUGCAUGUAAAUGAAAACAUUUGGUAUUUUUUUAAAAUUAAGUUGUAACCAUUUUGUCUUGUUGCUGUCUUAAUGAAGAAGGGCUUUAUUGUAGUUUUGUUUUUAUAAAUAUAUAUACAUACAUGCACACACAAAAGAAAUACACUUAUCUCCUGGUUUGUAUGUUUCAUUUUCACUAAGAUGUAUGUUUCCAUACAUUUUUUGUUUUGUUCUUUACAUUGAUUAAUAUUCAUAAAUGGAUUUAACAGUCUCAGUCAUUUAAUAAAUAUCAGCAGUGCUGAAAAGAGUUACUCCCCAUAUUACUGUGUUUUGCCAGAUAACAUGAAGUUGCCUCUGUGCCUGCAACCUAUGAAUGGCACCUAUACUUCUCCUUAUUGUAUACCUAUAGUCAUAACUGUGAUACUGUACUGGCUUUUUUUUUUAAAAGUGUUACACAUCUAGUUUAGAAGGAUUUUAAAGGUCCAUUGUGAACAUUUUUGUAUACAGUGAAAUUCAGUUUGUACUGUAUUACAUUUAUAGAGACGGGUUAAAUUGGAAUAACUUACUAAAUGUGUUUAUAAUAAUAAAACUCUAUUCAAAAGUUUAGAUGUACCAUAGCAGGUAUUUACACUUCUGUUUGUACACUUCAUGAUUCAAAUUCUUGCAAGAUCUCGUGUCUUCACUUGAGGCUUCACGUACAUUUAUAAUCUAUUCUACAGAAUUACUAUAAACUGAAUGUUUCCUUGAAACAUCUUGCCUUUGCUUGUAGAAAGCCUAUAGAUAUCAAAGAGAACAACAGAUUUAAGACAAAUGUCUAACCUGUAUUAGUCAAGAAAACUAAGAAUCCAAUAGAAUGAUACUUAGAAGGAUUAACAGCAAAAAUAACGUGUACAAACAGAAUAGUAAUGUAACUUCAUCAGCAUGAGUCCUGACUCUUUUUAGACAGAUUUUUUUUUUAGUUUAAGUGAUACUCAGUGAUGUAUUUCUAGCUGAUCCUUGUCCCAAUCUUAAUCUGUCUGAAUUUCUAUAACUGCUGAAUGUUAAGUUUUUCAUUUUAUGUUUUUGUUAUUGGGUUGAUGGAUUAUUUCCUAUUUAAACUGGAUUUGGACUGAGUUGCGAAGACAAAACCACACUAACAUUGUAACAGCUGAUAUGUAUGUAGACUUUGUACUCCAUAUUUCAUGUUUUUUCUCUGAUUUUUCUGCUCUCAAACCACUGUAAGCAAAAUAAUUUGAAGUCUAAUGUACUUCUGAGGCUCUCACGCUUCUUCAAAAACCGCUCUCAGCUCUCUGAAACAGUUUCAGCUUUGGAGUGAUCUAAGAACUAACAUGGUUGGAUUUUUUUUUUUUUUUUGGUGUCAGUAGGAGGGGAAAUGUUACUGAUAGUUUAAGUAAUAUUAAUCAUAUUUUUGCUUGUAUAAGUAGGAACUGUCCUGUAACAGUGUGUUAGCAACCACUUAAACAUCAAGUGAAGUAUGAAAUUAGCCUUUUAAGAAACCUUGUAAAUUAAUAGGAAAAUGCCCAUUUUUGUAUGUUGUUAAAAUAAUAAGCUUCUAGUUAAGAGCAGAAUUUUAAGUGAAUCAUGUGGUAGCAUUGUUCAAGACCUGGUUACAUGUACCUGUCUAGGAUUAUUUCAGAUCAUCUUAGUAUUAAGCCAUUAUGAACACUAUUUACCUAAUCUCUCUUUUUAAAAUUAUGUAUUUUUGAGGAAGCGCAUAUGUGGGGCUGGCACUAUUCUAUUGCAUCUAGCAUUCAUCAGAGAAAUCGUGCUCUGUGCAUCUGAUUCAGUAUUUGAAAUCCACCACCGAGUGAAAGAGGCAAGCAGUGCCACUGUUCUGUGUGCUGCUUAAGGGCUAUUUUAUGGCUACUGUGGUACUUUACAGAAACAUACAGUUUGUUUCUUAAUGUUCAGUGAUUUCUCUCACUUUCUUGAGAGUGAUGAUUCAAAAAACAAACUGAAAAUUUUACGCUAUUGUUUAUUUUCAAAUGCAUAACUGCACAGCUUUUAUUAAUUUUUUUCCAUGAACAUGUUGCUGUAAUUUUGUUGUCUUCUGAGGUGUCCUUAGACAUGCUUAUUUUUUUUUUGUUCCCCACAUUCUGUGCUUUUUUCUUUUGUUUGUGAAAUCACUAGCUUUGACAAAUUCGAGCUGUGUGAAAGCUCCCCAAGAAACUUUAAGGCUUUAUAGCAUUUGCAACACAAAGAAGUUACUUGCAAGUGAAAAAUGUUGGUUUGAUACAGUGUUCUCCAAAGAAUGAACAACUCUGGGUUUUUUUUCCUUUGCUUAUUGUGGUUUGAGAACUAAGAUUUCUUUUAACAAAAAAAAAAAGAGGGAUAUCUUCAUUUUUAUGUUUUCCUGUGGCAGCCUAAUCUACCUUUUUGUGUCUUCCUCAUAUUAAUGUGAAAGAUACUUGCCAGUAAUUCACACCUUUUUAAUUUGUAAACUAAAGGUUAAGUUUUCUGAACACACCUCUCUGUUCAUCAGUUGAUUUUGGUGAAUAGACAGGCUGGGGUAGUAGGAGAAAGACAUAUGAUGAAUGAAACUAGUUUGGGAGCAUUCUUUUUCUUCCCAUGUAAAAUUAUUUAUAAAAUCAGGAAAUUGUUCUGGUGUUGAUCUUAAAUUAUCCACUAAGAUUGAACAAAGAUACAAGGUAAGUACACUAGUAAUAGGGGGAAAAAAUAUGCAACAAAUGGAAGAAGGUGCUAGUGGUGGUAAAAUAGUCUGUUUGUACAUGUAUGAUGAACAGAAUCACAUAUGUAUCUCAGCUUACACAGAAAGGUAAAUGUAGAGUCAAGCUUGAAAUUCCUUAUUUCUUGCUGCGUUAUAGCUAAAGCAUCACAGUAUUUGGAAGUUUGUGAUGUUCUGGAAUGUAGGUUAAAUUAAAACAACUUUUGGCUUUGAAGCUGAUACCUUCUUUGGGAUUUUUGCUUUGUGUGUUUUUUCUUUGUGUAGAAUAAAAUAAAGGAGAAUUACAUGACCUAAUUCUUAGGAGCUAUUAGGAUAUAAUGACAAAUGUGUAUCAUGCAUUUUCCUGAAAUGUGAACAUGUUGAGAGAUUGAAAUUCAAUCUCUGAAAAUAUCAGUCAUUAAUACACUACUAUAAGCUUGAGGGGUGUACGCACAUACAGAUUUAAACUACUGUAGAAUUUUCACACUUUAAAAGCUGUUUAAAGCUUCUGUGUGCUUAUUUGGAUAACUGGAAUUAAAGAAAAAAAUUAGUUGCUACUGCAAGAUGCUUUAUAUAUAUAAGAAAUCUAUUGGUUUUUGUUGUAAGAGUCUGUCUUUGUGAAAAGCAAUGCUCAAGUUGCAUCUUGCAUAAAUACAAAAAUGUUUGAUCACUUAAGUUCUGGGAUUUCAUUUGUGAAAUGUUCUGGCAUAAAACCCUAACUUUUAAACCACAAAAUAACUAUUUAACAGAUAAAUCUGAAAUUUGGGGUUUAUUAAUAGAAAUGCUGAGAAACUGAUUGCUGUAUGGUGUUAAAUUGUACAAACCUAACACGUGCUUGGGACAGAUAGCUUAUAUGAGCUUGAGGCAGAUGGAAAGAGCUUUGC